AUGCUAGUCGCUCUUUCCAAAGUGUUCCAGGACGUCCUUUGCAGCCUCGAUGCCGGCGACCAGGAGACCUUCAGGCAAGGGCGAGACGGCCGCGAGCCCGAUGCAGCGAAGAUGCAAGAGGAUCUGAAGCCUUUCCUGGCAUUCCUGAACGAGCGCGGUUCGGAUGAGAUGAGCGGAGAUGAGACCCUGAUGCCGCUCUUCGCGCUUCCUUUUGUUCAGCGACCUCAUGCACAUCCAGAUGUCCGCGAGGUCUUCUCUCCGGAGUGGUUCCAAGAGCUUCGAAGGGACGUGGAGGCUGCUCUUCGCCUGCGACAGCCGAUCCCACGAAUCUACGACAUCCUCGAGCACUCAUCCACCGAGAACGGCAAGCGUUCGUGGCAGGACUUUUGGGCCACGAUUUCCGUGUGGGCAGAGUUGCUGCGGCUUGCUGAUGCGAGUCUCGAUGCCAUGGUGCUGCUGUCACAAGGAACUCCUGCACCACCGGUUCUUGCAACAGCCAGACAACAACUUGAAUUGCUUCGCGAACACAUUCCAAGAGGUUUGGAACUGCAGCUCAAGUCGCACUUCGAAAGGCCUGGCGCUUGUCCCAUGAGCCCUGCUCGCAGUCGAGCGGCCACGGCGCGGCCACAGCUGGCACACCGGAUUGACUUUGGCGCCUUGAAGCGCUUCCUCUGCGCAUCGCCACAGGAGCUUUGUGAGCGCCGAGAAGCCUUCGGCGAGGUUGCCUUGCCACAGGUGCUGCGUGCCCUCCUCCAACGGCUGGCUUCAGAGUCGCCACUCCCCCAGCGCCGCGGUUUUCUGGUCGCGAUCACGUGCUUCGACGUGCUCGGUGUGCGUGACCAGCCAGCCGCUUUGCCUGCUCUUUUGGAGGAGGUCUCAGAGUUGACGCUUGGCAUUCUGGCGGUGCUCGCCUGCGAAGCAGUUGGGCGGAGCUACAUCGUUUCCAGCGGCGCUAGUGUGAGGAGAAUGGUGGAGCUGCUGAAGUCGAAGCCGCUGGAUUCCUCCAUCCACAUCCAGGUUCUCGCUGCCAUGCAGCGUCUUUCUCUUCGAAGGUCUGCGCAGGAUCGCAUGAUUGAGAUGGGCAUGGUCGAAUGGGCGAUCGGCGUGCUUUCCUCCCACGAAGAGGGCGCCUCUCGCGCUCCCUCCGAGUUCUCUCUGGAAUUUGGGUCGGCCAUGCUUAUGAACCUGGCCCUUCGCUCGACCGGGAAGCGCAAGUGCCUGGAGCAAGAUGUUCUGCCGAUGGCAAUGAAGCUUAUGGAGCAUUGGAAUCCGCAGAUCAGGACCCACAUCAACGGGACGCUGUACUCGCUGCUGUCACUUCCGGAAUUCCGCCAGUCCGCUCGCCGUGAGGGAUUGGAGCUAGCACUUCGAUCAAUUCAUCGCCAGGCAAGCAGCCUUGGCGAUGAGAUCGCGGUUCGGCAGAUCCUUGGUACAAACACGGUGACGACAGCCUGCCUCGUUACCUACCCUGAAGUAGGGUUGCUGGAUACCAGCACACCACCAGCACCCACCAGCACCACCAGCACCACCACCACUACCACCACCAGCAAGAGCAAGAGCAAGAGCAAGAGCAAGAGCAAGAGCAAGAGCAAGAGCAAGAGCAAGAGCAAGAGCAAGAGCAAGAGCAAGAGCAAGAGCAAGAGCACUGGCACCAGCAGCAGCAGCAGCAGCAGCCCCGCCACCCCCACCAAGAACAAGAGCAAGCGCAAGCGCACCGGCACCGGCACCGGCACCAGCACCAGCAGCAGCAAAAGCAUCGGCAAUGCAGCGGCAGCAGAAGCAGCAGCAACAACAACAACAACAAGAGCCACAGCCACAGGCACAGCAACAGGCAGAGCAACGGCAACAGCAACAGCAGCAACAGCAGCAACAGCAGCAACAGCAGCAACAGCAGCAACAGCAGCAACAGCAGCAACAGCAGCAACAGCAGCAACAGCAGCAACAGCAGCAACAGCAGCAACAGCAGCAACAGCAGCAACAGCAGCAACAGCAACAGAUACGACCAGGAAGGAGGCACGUUGGCCACCGCUAAGGGCGCGUCGUUCGUUUUUGUUCAGCAUUUUUUCUGAAAGUUGUCAAAGCCUCGAGGUUUUGUUAGACAAAACGUUUGGUUUUCUGUUUUGA